AUUUGUUAUCAAAGAAAAGAAAAAUCCAGAGCAGAGAAAACGAGAAGCCAUGGCGUGUGCGAGCUUGUGCUUGGGCGCCGCCGGCGCCCAAAUGCCCAUCGCCGGCGCCGGCGUGCCCUCUUUGUCGGUAUCGACCUCCAGGAGAGCAUCAGGGAGGAGCAGGGUUAGAAUGGCGGCGACGCUGCCCCCGAUUCCACCGCUGAACCCCAAGGAUCCUUUUCUCUCCAAGCUCUCGUCUAUCGCCGCUUCCUCGCCGGACAUCCUUUCUCAUAUCUCUUCUAAUUCUGAUAUUCCUCCGUUCCUUGAUCUAUUUGACAGCCCUACGCUCAUGGCCACGCCUGCUCAGGUGGAACGCUCUGUUUCCUACAAUGAACACAGGCCAAGGAAACCACCUCCUGAUUUGCCAUCUUUACUCCUCAAUGGGCGAAUUGUGUACAUUGGAAUGCCUUUGGUGCCUGCUGUCACGGAGCUUGUUAUUGCAGAAUUGCUUUAUUUGCAAUGGAUGGACCCAAAAGAACCUAUCUAUCUUUAUAUCAAUUCAACAGGGACAACUCGUGAUGAUGGUGAAACUGUCGGGAUGGAGACAGAAGGUUUUGCCAUUUAUGAUGCCAUGAUGCAAUUAAAGAAUGAGAUUCAAACUGUAGCUGUUGGAGCUGCUAUUGGCCAGGCAUGCCUACUUCUUGCUUCAGGGAAGAAAGGUAGACGAUUUAUGAUGCCUCAUGCCAAAGCAAUGAUCCAACAACCUCGUGUCCCGUCUUCUGGACAAAUGCCUGCAAGUGAUGUUCUCAUUCGUGCUAAAGAGGUGAUAAAUAAUAGAGACACACUCGUUAAACUUCUUGCAAAACACACCAAGAAUUCAACUGAGACAGUUUCAAAUGUGAUGCGGAGGCCAUUUUAGAUGGAUGCUGUAAAGGCCCAAGAGUUUGGUGUCAUCGACAAGGUAGCUUGAAUCUGCAAUUGUGUUUUAAUACUUCUAACUCAUACCAAUGUCAA